AUGGGUCACACUAGGAGCGGCAAGGCCCUGGAUAUCAAUAACUAUCAGUUUGAGAAUCAGAACUUCAGGCAUCUCCAGUGUUGCUCAUCUCCAGUGUUUACCAGCAGCUCAGGGUUUGUUAAUGGCGCGCUGACAAAUCCCCCUGGACGGCCGCUAGGCCCUGGGCUGCUGGGCGUGGGUGCAGCCGCCCAGCGGGCUCUGACGGCACCGCCCAGGGAAGGACCCCCGGGAAAAGGCUGCCUCCCGCGCAGCCCCGGGAGUCCAGCCCGCUGGCUCGCGCGGCUCGGGGCUGAGAYGGACCCACUGAGCUCGCCCCCGCUCCACCCCACCCGCAGACAGUCCAAGACCAAGAACAGCYCUGAGUAUGCUUCCUUGGUGGUCAUGGGCGCUUCAUCUGCCAUAAUUUUCAGCGCCCUGGGUGCCUCCUAUGUCAAGGCCAAAAGUGGCACUGGCAUUGCAGCCAUGUCAGUCAUGAGGCUGGACCUGAUCAUGAAGUCCAUCAUCCCAGUGGUCAUGGCUGGGAUCAUGGCCAUCUACGGCUUGGUGGUGGCAGUCCUCAUCGCCAACUCCCUGAAUGAUGGUAUUAACCACUCCAGGAAUUUCUUCCGGCUGGGUGCAGGCUUGAGCGUGGGCCUGAGUGGUCUGGCWGCUGGCUUUGCCAUUGGCAUUGUGGGGGAUGCCUGUGUUCGGGGCACUGCCCAGCAGCCCUGCCUGUUUGUGGGCAUGAUCCUGAUCCUCAUCUUCGCUGAGGGGCUUGGCCUCUACGGUCUCAUGGUGGCCUUCAUACUUUCCACAAAGUAG